AUGGCACUUAGUGAAUUCUAUCUGCAAUCUCUGAUUGAGCUUCUUGAAACAAGCGCCGCACUGGCUAAUGGGGGCAUUCUUCGACGGGCUUGGAGGAUCGAACACCGUAGAGCACAUGUUCAACAUGAUGGAGAACGACCCAACUCGGUCGGAAGAGCUGAUAAGUGCUCGAAAGAGGGAACUGCAGAGAGAGAGGAGGAAGAAAGGGAAUCUCAGCUGUCAGUUGUUGUGAAAGGGGUACAGGCAGGUGUUGCAGUGGCACCCGAAACCUGGAAUAAGAUGUCAAUCUACAUUAGAGAUAUUGUUGGAUUCGCGACCACCUCUGCAUUGUCCACACCAUUGCAGUAUGUUCACCUCCUGAACGACUUGUACAUACUCUUUGACAAGACGACUGCAAACUACGAUGUCUGCAAGGUAAGUUUGAUUGGAUAUGCUUGA